AUGGCCGCUAUCUCAGAUGAUGAGCAGACGGAGAGCGAGCCACCGCCAUACGCGGCUGUGACCGCGGCAGCGACGGCGCCGGCGUACACGAGACACAGAAACAGACAGCGGCAGCCUCAGCCAGCCACCGCCACCAGAAGCAGCACAAACACACCGAUUUCACUCACACUCAUCUAUCAGCUACUCCAGCUAACGUCUCUUCUGCCCGCUCUCACGGGCGUCCUCUACCUUCUCAUUAGAUUCUCGCUGCACACGCUCCCAGCUCCUAAUCCUUCGCGCAUCGAGUACCUCGCUUCAACCCCAUGGGCGGUGCUUACGGCCGUUUACAGCUUCCAGAUUAUCAGCAGCAUGCUACACAGGUGGAAGCAGUACUACCACCCCAUUUCCGUCAUUAUCCGCCUCCUCUCGAUACAGGCUGCGUCGUUUCCGUGGAUCAGAGUCACCCUGUGGCUGUGCUCUACGCCUGAGAAACCCCUGCUGGCGUGGAUGGUCGUCGCUAUCACCACCGCCGUCUCCAGCUCCAUCGCCCGGUGGUACAUCAGCAAUCUCAGCAGCACACAGUCUGCGCGUCAUAUCGAUGUUGCUCGGCUGGUUACUAGGACCAUUCUCCCCAUCUCCACGCUCUCCCUUUUCAGCCUCUUCCUGCUUCUUUACGAUCUCUACUAUACCAGAGUCUCGCUUCAAGUGGCAAUGGCGCUUUAG